AUUUCCACUAGGUUACCUCCCAAUUGCAGCAACUGGACCGAGUGAGUCAGAAACCUCUAAUGCCGACUCAGCCCCCACUCAGAAUGCUUCAUCCACACCACGAUUCACCGAUCUCUGAUCAGACGAUCUCUCUGUAGAAAAGGCCUAAUCUUCAUCGAUUAGACAGCGUUUUUUUGCUCGUAUCAUUCAUCAGAUCUACACAGAAUUGGUCUGAACAUCGUUUAGAUUUUCGGAUUUGGUUUUGUUUUGGUUGAUCGAUGGCGACGAGGAAUCGAACAUUUCUGUAUAGAAAGUACAGAGACGCAUUGAAGAGUGUGCGCGCGCCGACGAGUUCCUCACCGUCGUUGUCUUCGAGCUCCGGCGGUCCCGUGAUCGAAUUGUCCACAACUUCUCUUCUCCACCCUAAUAGGUCUUAUGCACCCCUCAGUACUGAAGAUCCCGGAAGUUCCAGUAGAGGUGCACUUACAGUGGGUCUACCUCCAGCUUGGGUGGAUGUAUCUGAAGAAAUAGCAGCAAAUGUGCAAAGUGCACGGGCAAAAAUGGUUGAGCUAGCCAAGGCUCAUGCUAAGGCUCUAAUGCCCUCGUUUGGAGAUGGUAAAGAGGACCAACACAGGAUUGAGGCGCUUACGCAAGAGAUAACUGGUCUUUUAAAAAAAUCAGAGAAGAGAUUACAAAAAUUCUCUGCCGUUGGACCUUCUGAGGAUUUAAAUAUUCGAAAGAACGUGCAGCGCUCUCUUGCUAAUGAUGUACGGAACCUUUCUAUGGAGCUUCGCAAGAAACAGUCAACUUAUUUGAAGCGUCUCCGACAACAGAAAGAGGGUCCUGAUGGGGUUGACCUGGAAAUGAACUUAAAUGGGUAUAAUGUUAAAAAGGAGGAUGAUGACUUUGACGACAUGGGGUUUAAUGAGCAUCAGAUGGCCAAACUGAAGAAAAGCGAGGCUUUCACCGCAGAAAGGGAAAGAGAGAUACAACAGGUUGUGGAAUCAGUAAAUGAGCUUGCUCAGAUUAUGAAGGACCUAUCAGUCCUCGUGAUUGACCAGGGCACUAUUGUUGACAGGAUAGACUACAACAUUCAGAAUGUUGCAUCGUCAGUUGAGGAGGGUUUAAAACAGCUGCAAAAGGCAGAGAGAACACAGAAACGAGGGGGAAUGGUGAUGUGUGCUACAGUGCUCAUUAUCAUGUGCUUCGUCAUGUUGGUCCUCUUGAUUCUCAAGUCGAUACUUUUUUGAUCUAUGAACAUAAUAUAUCCACCAGAUCUGCCUACAGUCUUGUUGUUGUAACCCUGCGUUAUAGUUGUCAUACGCCAAGAUAUGUCGAGGUGCAAUGCCCAAUGGAAGAAGCGGAAAUUUUGAAUUACCCCCAAAUGAAAACACUCGAUCAAUUAGUUUUCUUCUCAACUUUUUAUUAUUAUUUUUUGUUUUCAUCUUUUUUCACCAGCCCGGGGGGAGGAGUUGUAUUACUUGAGGGAGUGACAUAUCUGCAGGACAUGUACAGAGCAUUUUACUGUAACUCGGCGAGGGUCUUUUGCUGCAGCUCCAGCUAUCAUUUCUUUAGAUUUUCCAGGGAGAUUUUGUAGUUUUUCCCACAUUUCUCAUUUUGUGAUGAUGAGAUGAAAUAUAAUUCGUUAUAUCAAUUGUUUCUUGUAAUAAAAUGAAAUGCAUUCUGUUUCGGUGUGUAUAGAAAUUUCAA